AUGGCCCUCGUCAGCUACUCAGACUCUGAAUCAGACUCUGACCCUACUACCACCGAUACCACCCUUGACAUUCCACCGCGCAAGAAACUGCGACAAAGUGACAACACCACCACAAAACCCGCCCUCCUCCCCCCUCUGCCCACCGCAUUCCACGACCUAUACGCCUCAACCACGCGCGUAAGCGUCCGAGAUGAUCCAAGUCUGCACGGCGGUCGAAAACGGGUGAUUCCGCAUGUUGAGGGAAACUGGCCUACCCAUCUCUACCUCGAAUGGUAUCCACAGCGCAACGAACUAGACGUUUUGAAUGACAUUUUGACCAAAUGCGGAACUGAAAAAAAGAAAGUCCAUACUCUGCUACGUAGCGACUUGGACGUCCAGCUGCCACUGCACAUUUCCCUCUCGCGGCCGGUCGUGCUGGAAACUGAUCAGAAGCAGCCGUUUGCCGACGCCUUUGAGCGUGCGGUGCAAGAGUCUAGUGCCAAAGCAUUCAACGCUAUCCCGGAAAGUCUAGACUGGGUAUCAAAUGCCGAAAAGACGCGAUGGUUCCUCGUCAUGCGGAUCAAGAAACCUCCACAUGACCAACUCAAUACUUUACUUCGAAUAUCAAACCAAACGCUAACUAUAUUCGGCCAGCCUUGUCUUUAUACUACUACUUUUAGCAACAGUAGUAGUAGUAGUAGUAGUGCAUACAAAGACUUUUCAGACCGGUUUCAUAUUUCACUGGCCUGGUCUUUGACAGCUCCGAGUAUAGACGACCAGACCCGGAUCUCGGGCAUUGAUUUGACGCCGCUGGAGGAAUCGCUGGAUAUAGUUUUUAGCAGCGUCAAGGUGAAAAUCGGUAAUGUGGUGAAGAGUUUACCGUUGGACCGCGCGAUCGAUUAG